GCAAAAUGAAGUUUCCAGCGCGACUGCGACCAAAACCACAAUUUAAAACCAUGAGCUGAGUCUUAAACUUGUUGAUCUGGUUUUUUUAAUAUAUAAACCUUUGUUUAGAAUAACAAAACCUUAGACCAAAAGAAAACAACAGUUAUGGGAAGAACAUUAAUCUGAUUAAUUUCAGGUUAUUCCGUUUUUCCCUUUUCAGAACACUCACUCAUAUGCACACUUCACAUUUACAUAUUUAAAGAAAGCUCAAACACUCAUGAGGUCUUUGUCCUUUUCUAUUCCAAAAGUCAUUAAAAAAUUUGCAACAUGAAGAUUAUAUAUACUUUAGCAGAAAUUCCACUAUGACUUAUUAAUAUAGAGUAACAUGCACUUUUAUUCUGCAUUCACUCCAAGAGCCAAAUUCAGUUAAACUUGUUGCAACUUGUGUGUGUUAAAGUGCUUUUAAUUGGUAUCUACCUUCUUAGGUUUUCAAGUUUUAUAGAGAAUUGAAACUAGGCAAUUUUGGUUUCAAUAUUUGUUUUUUGAGAAUGAAGCAUUCUCAAAUUUUACCACUAGCAUUCUGUUUAAUUUUCCUUACUUUAUUUCUGUUAGUUCAUGCUAGACAUCACCAUUCACAUAAAAAACAUAAGCAUUCACAUUCUCAUAAAUCAUAUGUAACUUCACCGCCGCCACCUCCUCGUGAUAAUGCUUACUUCAAUAAUGCCUCUAGCAUUUUUGAUGUAAGAUCAUUUGGUGCCAUUGGAGAUGGAAUAGAAGACGACACAGAAGCAUUUAAGACAGCAUGGGACACUGCAUGCCAAAGCGAAUCCGAAGUUAAUGUUAUUCUUGUUCCUCAAGGUUUCUCAUUUGUCAUUCAAUCUACUAUCUUCACCGGUCCUUGUCAAGGUGAAUUAGUAUUCAAGGUGGAUGGCACUGUUAUGGCACCUGAUGGACCUGAAUCUUGGCCAAAAAACAACAGUAGGCGACAGUGGCUGGUUUUUUACAGAAUCAAUGGAAUGUCACUAGAAGGAAGUGGUUUAAUAGAUGGGAGAGGACAAAAAUGGUGGGACCUUCCUUGUAAGCCUCACAAGGGAUCAAAUGUGACAGCAUUAGGACCUUGUGAUAGUCCAAUUGCUAUAAGGUUUUUUAUGAGUUCCAACUUGACUGUGCAAGAACUUAAGGUGAAGAACAGUCCUCAGUUCCAUUUCAGAUUUGAUGGCUGCAAUAAUGUCCAUAUAAAAUCAAUUUACAUUACAGCUCCAAAACUAAGUCCCAACACUGAUGGAAUUCACUUAGAAAAUGUCAAUGAUGUGAAAAUAUAUAACUCUGUGAUAUCUAAUGGUGAUGACUGUGUGUCCAUUGGAUCCGGGUGCUAUGAUGUUGAUAUAAAGAACAUUACAUGUGGACCUAGUCAUGGAAUUAGCAUAGGUAGUUUAGGAAAUCACAACACCAAAGCAUGUGUAUCAAACAUUACUGUGAGAGAUUCAAUCAUAAAAAUGUCAGACAAUGGAGUCAGAAUCAAGACAUGGCAAGGUGGAUCAGGAUCAGUAUCAGGAGUAACAUUCAAUAAUAUUAACAUGAUUAGUGUACGAAAUCCAAUCAUAAUUGACCAAUUCUAUUGCCUAACCAAAGAUUGCACCAACAAAACCUCAGCAGUAUCUAUAACAAACAUUCUUUACACAAACAUCAAAGGAACUUAUGAUAUAAAAAGCCCUCCUAUGCAUUUUGCUUGUAGUGAUUCUGUCCCUUGCACCAACAUAACACUCUCAGAAAUUGAGCUUCUUCCAUCACAAGGAGAUAUAGUGACUGAUCCUUUUUGUUGGAAUGCUUAUGGAGAUUUGGAGACAUUAACUAUUCCGCCGGUUUCUUGUUUGCUCGAAGGCAUUCCUCAGUCGUUGUUAGACUAUGGCAUAGGUCAUUGCUGACCAAAUAGUUUUUUUUUUUAAAAAAAAUUUAAGAAAAAGUGUGUCCAUGUCUAUAUAUGAUUGUUAGGAAUUGAUAUUAAUUAAUAUGGCAUUUGAUUUUGAAUCUUAUGUUUGUGAUUGAUGAGGAGUUGUGUUUUGUAUGCUCCUCCCUAAAUGUAAACUGGAGUAUGUUGCGUGAUUGUCAAGGUUUUAAAA